AUGGAAAAAUAUUUCAAAAGAAAAUCAACAGAGCAAUCAUCAACUCCUACUCCUCAAACACCUAAUGAAGGUCGAAGCCUCAAACUAGAUCCUCCCAUUAAAAAAAGAUUUUUGGAGUUUGGAUUGGAAAAACUUCCUAAUGAUCCUGAUUUAAGGCCAAAAAUGUCAGAUUAUUAUCCAGUGAUAGAGAUGAAAUUAGAAGAUAUUAUUUGGAAAAGGAUCUUUGUCAACCAAAAGAAAUUACUUUUCCACAAAGAAAAUUUGGAGAUAUCUUUUGUAAGUUUAAUUCAGAUUGGUAUUCAAAAUAUGGUAGUUGGUUGGAAUAUAGUCAAAGUGAGGAUGCUGCAUAUUGAAGAACAUAAAGGUUGUGGUGAUGCCUUUAUAACAGAAGGUCUUACAAAUUGGAAAAAAAGUGAAAGGUUUCGAGUUCAUAUUGGAGAUGUAAAUAGCUCAGAUAAUCAAGCAUGGAGAAAUUGUCAAGCUCUAAUGAAACAAAAGCAACACACUGAAGGUGUCUUGUGUAAACAAUUCAUUCAAGUUAAAGAGGACUAUCAAAUUUAUUUGACAGGUAUAAUUGUUGCAUUCGAUAUUUAUUAG